AUGGAUCCAGAAAGUCUUGAUUAUACUAUAGUUAGUUGUUCUAGUGAAGAUCCUCAUUAUCCGAUCACUUCAAUACAGAAUGCUUCAAUUAGAAGUAAUGGUUGGCAAUCACAACAAAAUCCUUCUUAUCCUGUAUCGUUCGUUGUUGAUCUUGGAUCAAAAGCUGAAAUAAAAUCACUUCAAUUCGUAAGCCACCAAUCGAAAAUCCCUGCAAGAGUGGACCUUUCCUAUGGAGAUAACGGUACUUUGUUUAAACCUCUUGGCUCGUUCCAAUUUUCAGAUAAUUCACAGACAGGAUAUUCUGCUCGUGAGCUUAAAAGCGCAAAUCUGUCGAAAGUUUCUACAAGAUUCUUCAAGAUAAGUAUUAGAGGUUGCCAUACAAACGCUAGUAACCCAUUCAACCAAGUAGGCAUCGUAUCAUUAAAGAUACUUGGUAAUGGUGGCCGUCCAGCAUCUAGUCAGCGUCCAACAACGCCUGAAUUAGACCUUGAACAAGAAAUUAACAAAUUAGAAAGACAGAAGGCAGAUGCUGUCGCUAGAGAAGAUUUUUCAGAAGCAAACAAUAUUAAAAUACGUCUUAACGAACUCAAAUCUCAAAAAGAAACUUUAGAAAAUUUGAAAAAGAGGAAAGCCGAAGCUAUUGCAGCUGAAGACUUCGAAAUGGCUCGUAUUGUUAAUGACCAGCUCAAAGCUUUCAAUAAUAAAGACUACAGACCUUAUACAACUCAAGCAAAACCUCGCGAAGAAAUUGUGAAGUACGACAACAACUACAACUCGGCUCGUCAUGAAAAGCAACCUCCAAAGAAUAUAGAGCCACCUCGCGGAAGACAGAUUCCAAACGAUGACGACGAUAAUUCUCCAAUUCCUUCAUCAAAAGACUACGAAUUACCUGAUUCAUUUGAUAAUGACGCUUCUCCUGCUGGCUGCGCCAUUCCAAGAGACUCAGAUGAAUCUCCUCGCCCAGGAAGAUCAAUUCCACGAGAUAACGAUGAUAUUCCACCUCCAGGACGUUCUAUUCCACGUGAUGAGAAAGAUGUUUCACGGCGCGACCACAGGAUUAUCGAACCAGUUGAAGAUGAUGAAGAUCAAGUUCAAGAUCUCGAAGAAGAGCCACCGGAGCCGGCCAAGCCUAUGAAGAAAGGCAAGUACGGAAUGACUAGACCAAUAUUAGGCGGAAAUAUGGACCAAGCUCCACCACAAAAUGAUUAUGAACCAGCAGAUUUAAGCGAAGAGCGACCAAUUCAUCCAGCAGAUGAUUACAAUGAAGAUCCCAAUGGCGGAUUACGUGGAAUUACUGAAGACAGUUCCACUCCGGAUGAAUUAACUCCUGCAUCUCGCCAAGAAGCUUCUCUUUUGAUCUCCAAGUUCGGAGAAGAUGCUGUUGCUAGGUUUUACUCGAAGAACUGGCAGUUGAGAAUCGAAGGCAUCAACAUUCUCGGAAAAAGAAUCAAAGAACUUGGCCAAGUUUCAUGUUACGAAGCAUUUUGCUGUUUCUGCAAGAUUAUGAGAUUUCGGAUGAGUGACACACAAAAAGCUAUUGUCAGUGAUGGAAUACAAGUGAUACAAGACAUCGCAGACACUAAUGUCAUUCAGAACGGAGAUCUCGCAAGGGCAGUACAGUCAAUGCUAGCUCCAAUGGCCACAAGAAUUGGAGGAAAUUCACAACCGAUUUCGGAGGCCGUUUGUAAUUUCCUCGUUUUCCUUUGUUCGAACGGUUGUUCUGACAUUGUUCUUCCUAUUAUUUACGGUGGAAAGAAGAACUCUGCGAACUGGAAGUCCCUUCAAGCAAGGAUAUCUUGUCUCCACGACAUUGUUUUGUUCCUUGGAAUGGAUGCUGCCGAUGGAUUGAGUUUGGACCAAAUGAUGAAGUUGGCCGUGGAAGGUUUGGAAUCUGCAAAAUCUGAAGUAAGAUUGGCUGCAACACAGUUAGUUGUAACAUUGGAAGAAAUGGCUGGAUCUGCUAUAGAAAAGUAUAUCGAAAAAAUACCAAAGAGAACAAGAGAGGAAGUUUCUAAAGCAAUAGAACAAAAUCACCAGAAAAAUCAAAAUGAAGAAAUGUAA